AUGAGUGUGAAAAAACAAUCGUCUAUGCGUCGAUUAUUUGGUUUUGAAUUGGCUGAUUUACAAUCAUGGUCAAGUUUCGUUAAGCUAAUGAAUCGACCUGAAGAUCCAACAUCGUUGGCUGUUCUGCGUAUCUUCUUUGGUAUUUUGAUGAUGUUGGAUAUCCCACAAGAACGUGGAAUGUCACAUGCUGAUGCUUAUUAUCCAAACGAAGAUCGGGAAUGUCAAUUUCCAUUAUUUAAUUUUCUCGAACCACUCCGAGCAGAAUAUAUGGUUAUUGUUUAUUUCAUCAUGUUUCUUGGAGCUGUUGGUAUUACGUUGGGUUUGUUCUUUCGUUGCGCUACGAUAUGUUUUACAAUCACAUAUUGGUACGUGUUUUUCCUGGAUAAAACAUCGUGGAAUAAUCAUUCGUACCUGUAUGGCUUAAUUGGCUUUCAACUGAUGUUUUCCGAUGCGCAUCAUUGUUGGUCUAUCGAUGGAUUAUUCCGAAAGAAGAUUCGACAUUCGCAUGUGCCAUUAUGGAAUUACACAUUACUUCGUUAUCAAGUAUUUCUCGUUUAUUUUCUUGCCGGUUUGAAAAAAACUGAUUUGGAUUGGGUUACGGGAUACUCGAUGGAUGAUCUAGGGGAUCAUUGGGUAUUCUCACCAUUUCGAUACUUCAUGACCAUUGAACAAAUAACACUGAUUCUUGUUCAUAUUUGUGGCUUUCUCUUUGACUUAUUGAUUGGCUUCGUAUUAUUUUUUGAUCGUUCACGUCCGAUAGGGGUUGUUUUCUGUUUGUCUUUUCAUUUAAUGAAUUCCCAAAUGUUUAGUAUUGGCAUGUUUCCAUAUACAAUGAUUGCGACAACGCCAAUCUUCUUCCAUAACGAUUGGCCACGUCAAUUCUUUGGUCGAUGCCUUCCAAAAUGGUUGUAUAAAGACGAGUCAGCACAGUACAGUCCAUCAUGUCUAUAUUCCAAGGAAGAGAUCAAACCUGAAGAAACGAAAAAGGACGAACGAACAAAAACUACCUCGAUCAGUUCAGUUAAAAACGCACCUGUCAAAGCAACACUUCGUCAUAAAAUUUUCACAAUUUUCGCAGUAAUUUACCUUGCCGAACAAGCAUUUUUACCCUAUUCGCAUUUUAUUACAAAAGGUUAUAACAACUGGACAAAUGGUUUAUAUGGUUAUUCAUGGGAUAUGAUGGUCCAUAGUUGGCAUACUCAACAUGUGAAAAUAACUUUCAUCGACAAAGAGAAAGGAGAGCCGCAUUAUCUAAGACCAACUGCGUGGGCAUCAGCUAAACGCUGGAGUUCCCAUGCUGAUAUGAUUGUCCAAUAUGCACAAUGUAUUAAAGGCAAAUUAAAAGAGCAUGGUUAUAAUGACGUAGAACUUCGAUUUGACAUAUGGCGAUCAAUGAACGGUCGGUUUAACCAACGACAAAUCGAUCCACGGAUAGAUCUACUUUCAUCAGAAGCAGAAUGGAGUCCAUUCAAAGAUACCUCUUGGUUACAACCAUUGUUGACUAAUUUGAGUGAUUGGAGAACGCGAAUGCAACAAAUAGAAACGGAACUCUCGUCAAAAGAUCAAAAUGCAUUAGUAACAUUUGUGGCUGAUUUUCCAGGUCUUCAUCUUGAAAAUUACAUUCCGCCAGAUUUGAACACAACCAUCGAAGUCCUCGAAGGUGAAGUUAUUGUGGAAAUGAUCGGCUUACAGAAAAAUGUGACAUUAAAUGUCGGACAAAACAUAUCUGUUCCAAGCGGGGACUAUCACAAUGUUCAUACAAUUUCGCCAACGCCAUCAUGUUACAUGUAUGUCUAUCUCAAUCAAUCGGAUGUUCAGAUCGUUCAUCUUUGGGAUCGUUAUUAUAAUCUCACCGAUCGCGUCCUUAACGAAACAAUCAGUCGUAAUCGUCCACUACAUAGUGAAAAGGAAGAAGCUGAUCUCGUUCGUUUAUCCUAUGAAGACGUUUUUGCUGAAUUACGUCAGAAAACGAUUCACGAAUUGUUAGAACUUCCACACGAUUAUAGAAUUCAUAAUAAAAAUGAGUCGAACACGAACUGGACGAAUAUUCGGUUACAAUUCGAAACGAGUAUGAACCGGUCGAUCGUCAAACGUUUAGAUACAAAGAUCAAAUGGCACGAAAGGCAUCGUCGAACGUUGACAACGUUUUUCAACAAGAAGAAGAAACAAUUUUUAAGAUGCGUUCAAAUUGUAAAAGUGGCAUUUAAAAGCAUAAUAUACAAAACAGAUUUUAUCAAAUUGGUCGAUAAAGAAAUUCAUAAUAAUGUUGAAGAAACUCCAUCGAAAAAAAUCGUGACAGAAGAAUCUCCGCCACAGGUGCCACCGACUGAACAUUCAUCUUCAUCGAAAAAGACAACGAAAUCGACAAAUGGAAAGACGAAAAAGAAGGAAGGAAGAAAAUAA